UUUCAUAUCUCGUAAAAUCCCGCGAUAAUUAUUUGCGCAGAGAUUUUACAAAAACACAGAACAGUUUGUUGUUCCAAUGUUUCUCCUUACGAAUAAACAAACAACAUUAGAAAAGUAUUAAAAUAAAAGGUUAAAAAUGUAAUUUACAUUUAAAUAAUAUAAUAAUUAUUUUCUCGUUUUAUUAAGAUCAUGUAUCAGGAACUCGAAAAGCAAACAAAGUAAAAGCGACUGAUGUGAAACGUCUUAGAUGACUCUCUGGCACUAAAGAGUCUUAGGUUUGCAGAAAGAGGCUUCAGCAUAUCCAAUUCACAGCAUAAAAUAUAAAACAACCGUAAAGCUUUCGGUCGUGUUGGUGCAUGAUGGCCUUACUGAAAGCUGUUAGUUUUGCAUAGCUAUAAAAGGGGAAGAGCACAUCAGUAUUGUCUGCAGAGUAGGCUUUGGGAGUUGACAGCUUUGUUGGGUGUUUACCUUACAUCUUCAUCUAACUCAUGGCUUUAGAAGAUAUCUGUGGUUUUGAGGAAAGGCGUGUGCAUCAGUUCUCCCCUUUAUCAUCUCUGGAGGAUUCAACCUCAUCUACUCAGGUGGCUGACUGCUACAACCUCAAAUGGAAAAGAUCAAAGACAUCUGAGAACACUUCGCCACAUGUCUUCAUGCCAUCUAUUCCUUGCACCAGCUCUUUCAUCAACAGAACCACGGAUGGCCCUUCAGUGCCCACUCGCAGGCCUUUUCCUUUGUGCCAUGGAACAACAACUUUGGGUUUCAUCUUCCAAGGUGGAGUGAUUGCAGCAGCAGACACGCGUGCCAGCGCUGGGGGGCUUGUUGCUUGUCCGGCUGUUCAUAAGAUUACCCCUAUUCACUCUCAUUUGGUGGUCACCUCCUCAGGUAGCGGUGCAGACUGCAUGCUGUGGGAGCGUAUUCUGAUUAGAGAAAUCAGACUCUACCAACUGCGACACGGCCGCCGCCUCUCAAUACGUGGCUCAGCUAAGCUUUUGUCUUUUAUGCUCCAUCCCUUUAAAGGCACUGAUGUGUGUGUGGCUCUCACUCUGUGUGGCUGGGAUAAGGAGGAAGUUGGAACCAACUUUGGCAAAAAUCUGGAGGACACAUCUUUUAUGACAGACUCUUCAGGUGCUAUUAGUUCAGCGCCAGACUCUCCAUCCCCCAACAGGGGUCCAAAGUUAAUUUAUGUGUGUAGUGAUGGAGCCCGACUGCAAGGAGACGUGUUUUCUGUGGGUUCAGGUUCUCCCUACGCUUAUGGAGUUCUGGAUGGAAACCUGAGCUGGGGUUUGAGUAAAGAAGAUGCCAUUUCUUUGGCAAGAGAAGCAGUGUUCAGAGCCACCCACAGGGACGCAUACUCAGGAAACAAUGUAGACCUUUUCCUUGUUACAGAUCAAGGGUGGAUCCAAAGAAAGAGGGAGGACUUGAAAGAAGAAUAUUACAGAGACAUGGAGAGACGGGUCCAAGAUACAAAAGGAAAGGGAGAGGGUGUCAAAAUAGAAAGUUACUAAAUAAAGCAAAGCAUUGUGUGUGUGUGUGUGCGUGUGCGUGUGCGCGCGCGUGUGUGUGUGUGUGUGAGAGAGAGAUCCAUGAAAACCAUGAAGUACAUAGGACAAUUAUUUACGUUCUCAAUCCCCCACAACCACAGGGGGCGCUGUGACAUGUUUCAAUUAUAGAUGGAUGAUCAAUCCAGGUCGUACUGCGCAUGCGCAGCGGAAGUUGCUUGUUCAUCACGCUCUUACAAAGAUGGCUCUUGCUAGUGUAUUGAGCAGCGAUUGUGUGGAUUUUUCAUUUGAUUACCGUCAGCCCUUCGCUGUUGGUUGUGGUCCCGGUCAGAGCGGUGUAGAUUUGGAAGCUGCCCCGGGGGACAGUUUAAAAUUUUCUGUUAAGAACUCGC